CGCCGGGGGCGCUGCUGGACACCCGCCCGCGCGGGCCUGGCGCCGCCGCCGGGACGUGGGUCGCACUGGAUUCCGCGCCUGGCGUUGUGAUGGCGGCGGCGGCGGCGGCGGCUGGGGGAGGCGGGGAGCGGAGCAGCACCCGGGACCGGCUCCUGGCGGCGCUGGAGGAUCUCGAGCUCUUGGCCAGGGAACUGAUUGAAAUUUUGGCAAUUUCUAGAAACCAGAAGCUUCCACAACCAGGAGAGGAAAGCCAGAUCCUGGAACUGCUGAUUCAGAGAGAUGGUGAGUUUCAAGAACUAAUGAAGUUGGCGGUUGAUCAGGGGAAAAUCCAUCAUGAAAUGCAGCUUUUAGAAAAGGUAGUAGAAAAGAGGGAUAAUGAUAUUCAGCAGCUGCAGAAACAACUAAAAGAAGCAGAGCAUAUACUGGCAACAGCUGUUUAUCAAGCAAAGGAAAAGCUGAAAUCAAUUGAAAAAGCAAGAAAAGGUGCCAUUUCCUCUGAAGAAAUAAUUAAAUAUGCCCAUAGGAUCAGUGCUAGCAAUGCUGUUUGUGCCCCUCUGACGUGGGUACCAGGGGACCCACGUAGGCCAUAUCCUACAGAUCUGGAAAUGAGGAGUGGGCUCUUGGGUCAGAUGAACAAUCCGUCCACCAAUGGAGUUAAUGGACACUUACCAGGGGAUGCACUUGCAGCAGGUAGACUGCCAGAUGUGCUUGCUCCUCAGUAUCCUUGGCAGUCAAGUGAUAUGUCAAUGAACAUGCUACCUCCUAAUCAUAGUAAUGAUUUCAUGUUGGAGCCUCCAGGACACAAUAAAGAGAAUGAAGAUGAUGUAGAAGUUAUGUCAACAGACUCCUCAAGUAGCAGCAGUGACUCAGACUAGGUACAAGAGGGACAGUAUCCCUAGUAGACCUUUCCUGUGGUGAAGGUGGGUUGGAUGCUGUUCAUUGGAAACGGCUAUAUCAUUUUGUAAAGCUGGUGGCCCAUGUGUAGGGAGAAGGUACCAGCUGGCUCAGAAAUAGGGUGACUAACUUAAAAUCUGGACUUCAGAAUUUUUUUCCAUUAGAUGUUCAAGUAAAAGGAGGCUUUCUGCUGGAGGAGAGAUGUCAAAUUUCCCGUGAUUAUGUAAAUGUGUGAAUGUGUAUGUUUGAAAGAGAUGUGUGUAUAUAUAUAUUUACUAUACAUUAGAUGAAAAAUGUUCCUGGGAAAAGAGGUGUAAGGGGAAUCCCCUUGUAUGUUUGUUAGUCACUUCACUCUUUUGCUGGUAGCCUUUUCUAUGACACAGAAAUGAGAUGUGAAAUUUGUAAUUUUAAUAUCCUUUUUUUGUUACCGGCUAAAUCAAUGUUUUUGGUCAUCUGUGUGCCGAGAACAAAAAUAUGGCAAUAAAGUGUAAAAAAAAAAAGUUUGUAAUUAUUGUAAUAUAUCAUGAAUGAUUUGUCAUAAAUAAACUCAGCUUUGAUGUAA